GCCUUGGCAAGUAAUCUGGUAAUAGUUGGUGCGAACAACAAGAGCGAACGACGUGUGUCUUGAUCUCUUCACACUGAAUCACAGUGUUGCUUGAGUCGAGUCUUGGGUCUUGAUCUCUGUGCGCAGCAGUUUGGCAUUGUUCGAGCAAGGCAUCUGGGAAGGUGUGCAGAUCAGCGCUUAUGACUUCCCGUGCCGCAGCGAAUGUAGCUAUUGCAGCGACAGCAACAUGUUCGGGUCUGGAAGAAAGCCCACUGGCACUGGCAAAGCGACGGCACAGGGCCAUUGGAACAAGGGAUUCGGCUGUAUAGGAAGCGUCGGACGAGGCUCGCCUGUUCGCAUUUCCAUGGCAGUUAAAAUAUUCGUGGUGGCGUUCUUUACUUGUCUGACGGUGUGCCUGAGCGUGACCUGGAUACUCUUCAAGUCGGGAUAUUUCAACGCCGAUCUUCCGACUGUUGUCGUUCGUGAUCGUCAAACAGGCUCGUCGUCGGCAUCGCUGCGUCCACUGCCCAGGGACUGUUCCAUUCAGAAAUGCUUCGACCUGUCUCGCUGCCAUGCCACGCGUCGUCUGCGCGUGUACGUCUACCCCGACACAAGGUUCGUGGAUAGGCGCGGAAGUCGGGUGCUGGACGUAGCUUCCAUUGAGUACUUGCAGAUGCUGGACGCGGUCAAGGCCAGUCGCUUCUAUGAGCCGAAUCCGGAGAAAGCGUGUGUGUUCGUGCCGGCGGUGGAUACGCUGAACUUGCUUCGCACGAGCCUCAACAAUGUAUCGCGAGCUCUGGAUAGUCUGAAAUGGUUCGGAAAUGGCACCAACCACUUGCUGAUCAGCAUGCUGUUUGAUGUGCAUCAGCUCACGUCUCUACGUGCUGGCUACGUGAUGCUGGCCGGUGCUGGCUUCCACCCGACGUCGUAUCGCGCCGGCUUCGACAUUGCCAUCCCCAUGGUGAACCCACGCACGGUCAAGGCCACGCUGCCCUCUCAUGAUAGGCUUCGCCAGUUCACGCUUAUCGUGUCGCUGACGAGUGCCCAUCAGCUCGCCGAGCAGUUCCCUAAACUGCCAAUCACCAAGGACGUCCUGGUGUUAGAGCGCUGCGCACCAGACUCAGAACUGACCGGUGGUCGCAGCCGCUUUGGUGAUGAGCGAAAGAGAUGUUCGGCAUCGUCACAGCACUCCUAUCCAGCUGUGUUGCUGCGUGGGGAUUUCUGCAUCCUGCCUCCGAAUCCGACGACGCCAGUCCUUGUUGAUGCGGCUAAGAUGGCCUGUAUCCCGGUCGUGAUCAAGAACUCACGUGUUAUGCCCUUCAGGGAUGGUAUUGACUGGACUGGUGCAUCUGUGGAAAUUUACGCAGAUCAGUUGUCGGAACUCCCAAGCAUUCUCCGCGCUAUAUCAAUGUCUAAGAAAGAAGAAAUGCGGCAACAGGUGCGCACCUUCUUCGACCGCUUCUUCCAGUCUCCUGGAAAGGUGGCUCUCGCGGUGCUUCAGACCAUCGAGGAUCGUCUCGCAACCAAUGCUGUGAAUCAGCAUCACUUUUGGAACAAGGUCGAACCGCACGCAACGGAUGGCCAUGGUUUGCAGUUGAAUGCUCCUCUGCUCAAAGUGGGCAGUCCGCAUUCACUGCCUCUCUUCAUGCUGCACCCUGCGCGACAAACUCGUCACUUUACGGCCGUCAUUCUCUCCUAUGACCGAUUCAAGACACUGGUACGGGUGCUGAAGAAGAUUGACCCCACACCGAGUCUGAUCAAGAUUAUUGUCGUAUGGAACAAUCAGAAGAACAAGCCACCGCCGGAGUCAGCGUGGCCAAGACUGAACACGACAUUACAGGUUUUGCAGAGCCGAUACAACCGUCUCAACAACAGAUUUAUUCCGUUCAAGGACAUCGAGACCGACUGCAUUCUCGCACUUGACGAUGACAUCGAAAUGGUCACCCCCGAUGAGCUUGAGUUUGGCUUUCAGGUGUGGAAGGAAUUUCCGGAUCGUCUCGUCGGGUUUCCUGGCCGCUUGCAUAAUUACAACACGACGGUCAAUCGUUUCCAAUACACGUCCCAGUGGGGCAGUGAGCUGUCCAUGGUGCUAACCGGUGCUGCUUUUCACCACAAGUACUACAGCUACCUGUAUACGUAUGUGAUGCCGAAAGCAAUUCGCCACUGGGUCAAUAAGCAUAUGAACUGUGAGGACAUCGCUAUGAACUACUUGGUGGCAGGUUUCACUGGCAAGCCACCGAUCAAGGCAACUCCCAAAAAGAGAUUCCGUUGCGAGCGGUGCUCAGCAAACGAAUCCCUGUGGGAUGGCCCGGGUUACUUUGUGGAACGCAACCUGUGCCUGAACAACUUCACACGCCUGUACGGUAACAAGAUGCCUCUCCGUGAAGUGGAGUAUCGCGCUGACCCAGUUCUUUACCUGGAAGAUGUCCCCCACCACCAGCAACGCUUCCAGCAAGUAGGCAGUCUGUAACCUACUUUCUUUGCCAACUGAUGACCUGCAGCACCUGCAGUUUAUUCAGCAUGAUCAGCAUAAUCUCAAGUCAUGCAUUUGAUUGGGCAAAACAGAGGAGUAGGUGCUUAGUGCGUAGCUGUUCUACGCAUCACAAGGGCCGAUCUAUCUUUCAGCAUCACCUUUAGGCGGUUGCAGGCAUGCACGAUUACCGUGACAGUUGAGACAGUCGACUUGAGAUUCGAUUUUAUUUUAAAUUAAUACUGCCGUAUUCUAGCUUAUCGUGCCUGCCUAUUUUAGUUUUAACGCACUCUGAGCAUAGUUUUCCUUUCAAGGUGGUCUUGUUAGAGAGGGGGACGUUGAUUAUAAUUCUACCUCAAGCUUAGUCCAAGCUUGGCAACAUAAUUAUUGUGAUCAUAUUACGAUUUAACUUUGACACCAGCCCAAACUUGAUUAUUCUUCAUCACAACAUAUUUUCUCAUCUGAAUUCAAUGGCAACAUUAAUGCAGUCUUCAGCGAAGAGUGUCUUCACCAGACAGAGAUUCAAGCCUAGGAAAGAAAGGACAUUCGUGUACUGCA